CAACUAUCGUGGCGCUGAAGUUUCCCAGCUCUAAACGACACUUGGGAAUUAGAAAAAUGUAAAAUGGCUUUAAAACGAAAGUGUUUCACCGUUGAAGAAAAAAUGCAAAUAAUUCGCCGCCUGGAAGCCGGUGAACGCAACGUAGCCCUGGCCAAGGAAUUCUGCGUGUGCCACACAACAAUUGCCACAAUAAAAAAGAAUAAGGAACAAAUUAAAGCUUUGUUUAAUAGUAAUGUCCUAAAAUCAAAACGUGUCAGAGCGUCGACACAAGAUCAAGUCGACAAGGCAUUGUUCCAGUGGUUUAAAAUGCAACGCAGUCGAGGAAUCUCAUUAAACGGUCCACUGCUUCAGCAAAAAGCGAAUUUUUUCGCUAAACAAUUUAAGAUUAAAGACUUCAAUUGUUCUGGUAGCUGGAUAAGCCGCUUUAAGGUGCGGCAUAAUAUCCUCUCCGGCACAGCCAGCACAGAAUCUUUGCCUGAUACAAAAUGCGAUGCAAAAGAGUGGGUAACGCAGAUUUGGCCUGCACUACGCAAGGAUUUCAGUGAUGAUGACAUUUUUAGUGCCAACGAAACUGGACUGCUCUACAAAUUAACUCCAGACAAAACGUUGAAUAUGAAAGGUGAAAAGUGCACUGGCGGGGAGCUAUCCAAGGAAAGGAUUACCUUGCUUCUUGCAGCCAAUAUGAGUGGCACUCUAAAAAGGAAAUUAUUGGUUAUUGGAACAUCCAAGCGAUCUAAGUCCUUCAGAAAUGUUCAGUCUUUGCCUGUUGGCUACUAUAGUAAUCGCCAGGCAUGGAUGACGUCUGAAAUUUUUACUAGUUGGGUACGCGAUUGGAAUGCUGAGCUUAAACAGCAGGAAAAGAAGAUAUUGCUAUUAAUUGAUGAUUGUCCAGCCCAUCCCAUCAUAAGUUAUCUAACGAAUAUCACGCUAGUCUUCCUGCCACCAAGUACAAAUACGAAAUCAAUAUUACAACCGAUGGAUCAAGGUAUAAUCCGCGUGAUCAAAUCCACUUAUCGCAAGAAUCUUAUACUCAAAAUAAUCAGCGAUAUGGAAAACAGCAUCGAUGAAAAUUACCCGAAAAUUAGCAUUCUAGAUGCCAUUUUAAUGCUAAAUGAUGCAUGGCAACAACUCUCGCCAGAGACAAUUGCGAAAUGUUUUAGGCAGUCUGGGCUUGCCAAAACUAAGUUAGAUGUUCCACGCGAUGAUAUUGAAAUCGAAGAUGACAUUCCUCUAUCGGUUUGGGCCACAGCUCUAAGAAUUCAGCUGCCGAUUUCAAAGGAAGUGCUGGAUGAAUAUGUUCUCAUUGACAAUGGGUUGGCGAUUUGUGGGGAACCUUCUGAAGACAAUAUUGUUAAAAAUAUAUUAGACGACGAUCAGGAUAGCGACGACAGCGUCGAAGAUCAAUGUGAAGAUGUGACAGCACCUAGCGUUUCGGAGGCAUUUCAAGCUGCAGAAGUUCUGAGUAGAUUUGUUCAUUCCAAUUGUAGUGACGAGAUCUUAACGCACAGCAUGUCUCGUUUAAAUAAUGUCGUGCGCAACUAUUUUUAUAUAUCAAAAACUGCUGCUAAACAAUCAAAAAUUAAAGAGUAUUUAGUUAAUUGAAAAGAAGAGAGAGAAUAUUGAAAUAAAAAUCGUAAAGUCGUCGGUCCCUUGAGCGUCGUUAUAGGUGGACUCCACUGUAUAUACUUUAUGGGGUGUACAUAUGUUAUAUACGCUCUCAGA